UACGGUCGGCGGUAUAGCGGUGUCGUCGCCUUUACGGUUGGAACACGACCGAUCGGUGUUCUAGGGGCCUCGGUUACCGCUCCCUAAUCAGACUUACGUUACGAUCGUAAGCAGUGGUACUAAAGGAAAAACGAAAUGAAAUGAAAUUGACAACGAGAUCGCAUAUAGUACUAUGUACAUACAUACCUACAUUCAUAUGUACAUAUGUAGUUCGCAAUAACCGAUAUUCGACGCUGUGCGUAAUAUAUAUAUACAUAUAUAUAUAUGUAUAAGUGUAUAUAUAUACAUAUGUACAUGUGUGUUAAGAGAGCGCUUAUCAGGGCGCACGAUAACCUUGCCUUUUAAAAUAUAACAUUCAGUGUUCCUAUAUGGUCCGUUCCCUAUCAACCCACACAUGGGUUUUACAUUAAUUCGAGCACUAUCAAUGAACCUGGGUAUUAUAAUUUUGCGUUUGUUUUAAAUCUGGAGAUAAAGAAGAAAUAGAAAUUUAAAUAAAAAGGAUAAAGGAUAUCACAGUAAUGGAAUGGAAAGGUGCAAUAUGCCACAAAUGCAUUUACAGAAGAUAAGCUUAACGACAACGAUACCGCUCAUGGAGACAAACUAAUGUGAUAUUACAACAUCGAUAUAUGUACAAACAUAAACAUAUACAUAUAGAAAUAUUUAACGUUGAGAUAUUUACAACUGCUUGAGAUUCAACCAAAGACUUUUUCUAAAAGACUUGUCAAAGACAACAUUCUGAAAUGGAACAUCUGGAUCUGGCGGGGUAUUUGGCCAACACAGCCACAUGUUGGAACAGUCUCGGUGCGUUUGAACAGCAAGACGCCGUCUUCUUGUCCAACUCACGCCAAAUGCUGGAACCCAUCAUGGAGGAGACCAGUGAGGAUGAAGAGCACGGCCAAAGCAGUUGGAAUGGCUGCCAGGAGCCGCGUAGCAGCUUUUGGAGUUCCACGGGAUCAGUCAUAUGCAAUGAAGUAACAAAGGAUGCCGAUGCCAUUUCCGAACGGGACUUUGCUUGUCCACCAAAACGUCCGCGACGUUGCCAAGAAAUAGAUCUUUCACAGGGCUUGGAGGACAUUGUCCAAAUGCGGCGCGCUGCUCGCCAUGAAGCAGAAGCCCAUAACAGUUUGGAGCGUUUCCUGUCCCUGGAAGCCUGUACACGAGACAGCUACGGUAGCCAAGGGCAGAGGAACAGCACAGGCAGUCGGCGCGGGGGCACAUCUUUUGAUGACUUCUACUCGGAUAACGAGUCGUACCAUUCACUGUCGCGCAGCUCGUCCUUGGUGCAGUUCGAGUCCCUCGAGCGGCAGCUGACGCUGCAGGAGCAGCACCUCAGCAUGAAUAGUCUGGGCAACAGCUCGCCUUCGCUUCUCAGCUGUGAGCUGGGCGUCGGUGCCACUACCGCUACCAGUGACAGUAACCCAGAGAGCAGGCGAGGAUCCGCAUCGUCUUUGUCUUUAAUGAAGCGCUACGAGUCGAGCGAUGGACGCCUGCACCAGACGUACUACGAAUUGAACAAGCUGGAUCUGGAAGACCAGCAGCAGCGACAGCUGUUCUCUAAGAACCUGCACCAGGCAGGGAAUAAGUCCGACGUGGAGUCCUGUUCCAGUUCCAGCUCCAGCUCCAGCUCCAGCUCCAGCUCUAGCUCCUCCUCCUCCUCCAGUGACAGUAGUGGGCACAGUCUGUUAAACGCGUGUCAGGGCAACGGGGGGAAGGUGCCAGCUGACAGCAAAAAUGUGGACGAAACUGCCGCCAGACGAGUGCCGCUCAAUUCAGCAGAGAAUUUGUCUGAGGAUUCUGGCUACUGCGAGCCCAGCACGCAGCAUCGCAGCGAAAAGUCUAUAUCCAUACCCAAGAAUUUUGACAAGCUUUGUGAGGAGAGGGAGGAGGAGCUACUGCUGCUGGAGGAGAUCUCGCAUCAUUCACGAAACUCCAAUGGCGGACAUGAUUUGUAUCAGCCGAAAAUAGAGCAGACAACGGACACGGCUGCUAUGCCCUGCUCCCCGUCUUCUCAAUCGUCUAUUAAUAGCUCCUCGGAGAGAACCGACUCUCAGCCAGAAUCGGUGGCACCAUCGCCGUCUCCGAGCGGAUCUGUAGCCUCCUCUUCGUCAUCCACCGCAUCAUUUACUUGGCUGCGCAAUAGUUUGCCGGAUAUACGCGAGCCGCGAGGUUCGCCGUCGCCCAGCAGAGCAAUUGUUGAUACAGAGGCACACACCCACGGCUACGUGCUGGCCACCACUAGCGGCAAUACAAACGAAAUCAGCAGCGGGAGCCGCAGCAGCAGCAGCAGCAGCAGCAGCCCAUCCUCGGGCCACUGUUCGCCACUCCUGGGCGCCACCACCCAUUCGCUACCUAGUGGGCUGCAGCAGUUGGGCCGUCGCCGUCGACCCCGUCUCAGCCGCCGCUGUAGCCAGCGGAACUGCCAAAGCAGUGGCAGCAGCUCGAGCGACGGGCUGGACUUGGAGAUAGAGGAGAGGCGUGACGACUUCUUUCUCGACGGCCACAGCCUGGCGCGACCUCGGCGCAGCUGCAGCUGGAGUGAUCGCAAAACAACGCAAGCCCUUAGAGAGGGAGCUGUGGUGGGCGUGGCCAGCGCGGGAUAUCUAAACGCUAGCUACCAAAACCUCACGCUUCUCGACUACACAAGUGAACGGCCACCGUCCGAGCAGCUUCAGAGGAAUCACAAAAGAAACCAGUCCGCCGAAACCAAGAUGUCCGACCGCGGCAGCAGAAUCUCUGGCGGGGACUACGAGCAGAUUAUCUGCAAGGGAAACUUCUUGCUGGAUGAGAUCAGCAAGAUAUACGACAAGAAUGUUUCCAUUCUGAACGACAAGCCCGUUGCGGAAUCGGAGGAGGAGCACCCACAGGAUCAGGUCGACUCAGCAGCCGGCCUUGAGGAAGCAGAACAAGCUCAGCACAUUCAGCUGACCAUCAGAAAGGCCCCGCCACUGCAUAAGUACGGGGAUGAGCAUGGGGAUGCCAGGCCCCAGCCGAAACCGUAUGCGGAGGCACAGCCACAGCUAACUUUCAGCAGCUUCGGCAAGAAGACAUUCGACCAGGACCCCACUAACCUGCGUACAUCCUACGCCCAGAGCUUGGAGCAGUGCCACUUCACUGUCCAGGAGGCGAUACCGGCCAAACCUCCGCCUCCGCCAAGGUCCUCAUCCGCUCAGAGAGCUCUCCCCAAGAGGCGCUUCCUCCAAUCGCAGGCAGCGGCCGCCAAGCAGCGCAGCCUGGUCAGCAGCACGCCCAAUCUCUCCGCUUACGACGACGGGCAGCAGGAGCCGGAAGACGACAUAUAUGUGAGUAGUGCCCACACGUCCAUGCACCAACUGCCUCAGACUCCCACCGAGCCGAAGCCACUGGGCAUUUUGCUGCCGGCCGGUUCCCGAAACUCCUUCAGCAAGGAGGUGAGUUUUUGCCCCGUAGUAAGCAAGUAUUGCUGGCAGGAGCAGUCGUCCGAGGAGCCGCCAGAUGGCGGCCUCUCCGGCGAGGGCGAGCCGUCACUGUCGAGUGACGACGAGCUGCUGGACAAUGCGGACGCCACUGUUGUGCACAACACCAAAGAGAACGAGAAUGUAGCCGCGCGUUACACCGAAGAGCAGAUGCGGCUGCAGAGAGAGCUGCCAAGAGAAGCGGCAAGAGAGCCGCUCAGAGAGCCGGCGAUCGCUGCCGAGGAGAGCGACGAGAAUAACGAAAAUAUCGCAAUCAACAACGCCUCACCCGAAGGCCAGACGAGUGUCGGAGCUAAAACCGAGGUCGGUUCGGAAUCCGAACCCACCUCAAACAAGAACGACGUCGACGUCGGCCGCUUAGUCAACAUCGCGAACUCUUCAUCAACGGUAUUCCAGCCGCCAGCAGCUCGUUCCAGCCGAUCGGUAAACGUCGCAGAAGCAGCCGCACCUUGCAGCGCCCCCGCUCGACCUUUAAGCCUCCAUCUGCCCAUUCUCAGCGAGCCGCCCACCAAUCGCGCACACCACAUCCUAUACGCCUCCCAGCAGCUGCUGCAGCGCUACGAGACGGAUCCGGAUCAACAGAUCCGCGAGAUGACGACACCGGGUGACCCAAAGCCGCAGGCCAUACACAUGGUUACUGCCAAAACGGAUGACAAACAUCCCAGCUCCAAGAGUUUCCUCUCCAGAUUUGCUCACGGCCUGCGUUUCUCGCUGCGCCGCAAGAAGAAACAACAAAAACUGGAGAAGCCGGAGCUCAAGGAGGAGCCGAGGCAGACCAGGCAGCCGACGGUAAUCAAGGCCGCUUCUGCUCCUGUGCCUCCGAAGGCCUCAAGGGACAGCGGUGGAAAGGCAGUAGACUUCAUACACAUACCACUAAAGCCACCGCGAACUCUGCAGUCCAGCCAAAAGGAAGAAAGUCAGACCGUCAUACGGCCGGAACAGCUGACAAAGACAUCCACCCUGGAAAAGGUAGUCACCGGCAAGCCACCGUUGCCAAAACAGACCCGCAGCAGCACCCCAGCGCAUGCGCCUCAUGGAGCCACCAGUGCUGCCCAUGCCAGCGAUGCCCUGCUAAGCGCCGAACGGGAGGAGUACCAGCGGUUCGCCGGUCAGUUGACAGCGGGAAUUGAGGCGACCAGAAUGCGGGACAGCCAAUCUCCGUCUCGGGCGAGUGUCGCCCAAAAAACACAGAUGUUCAACCAGCUGGGCGGAGUUAGGCCCACCAUGGUAACCGCUGUGCCAGUGGCUGUGUCGCCCGUGAACGAGGACGGCCUAAUGGGUCUAAUCGAGACUAAUCUGGAUACCCACGAGACGGUUAUCUCUGGCAAGACACGCUCUCUGAUGGACAUCACUAGCAACCCGCUUAGCCUGCCGCACAAGCGGUAUAUCGUGAAACGCCUGAAGGUUACCAGUGCGGCCUACAACGCGGACGAUCUGGAUCUGGAUGGAGAGGAUGUGGUCAAAACAGCUUCAAGAGGAGGAGGAGCGGGUGGUGUACAAAUCGCAUCUAUUCGAAGGCCCCACAAGAGCAUGGAGUUUCUGCUGGACAAGGAGAAUCAGAAAAAUACAUUGCCUCCAGAGAACGAGCUGCAGAAGCUUCAUGACCAGAAUCCUGCCGCUCUAAGCGAACACCAGCUGCGGGUCCAGGCAUCGCUGCAACGGCUCAAUAUCCCCGACUGGUUCCGACACUACAAUCAAGGCUCCGGACAUGCUCCAGCAGAUGGAUGCACUGCCGCUGGCGGCUAUCGGCCGGGCAACUUCGCCCGGAAGCGCACACAGGAGUCGGGGCGCUGGCAGGGGCUCAACUCGAAGACGACGUCGCUCAGCUCGCUGGGAUCGCAUCGCUCCGACCGGAGCCCCUUGCUCCUGAGUCCCUCAGCGCACAGCCACCACGGCGGACAGAGCGGCUCGGUGGCGGUCCACGGAUCGGCGCACGCACAGACCGGCGCGGGAUCCACUCGAUGGUCCACUUCGCACCUAAACUCAACCCAGACGUCGCCCAGUGUCUCGCAGCGCAGCAGUUUCGCCCGCGGCGCACCCAUUAACAGCAGCUUUAUGUCGGUAGCAAGUAGCAGCGGAGUGCUGCGCAACUCCUACCGACAGCCGUACCUCGGCUGGCGCAGCACUGAGAAGCUCUCGCAGCGGACGCCCCAUGAACGUCUGGCAAACUCUCUGCUGGCACAACGCACCUUACUCCCCACAUCAACGCCAAAUGGACCACGACCCCAACGUCACGAGGCGCCGGACAUCCAGAGCUCAAUCAAGGAGGUGACCUCCGCCAUUGUGCAUUUCGUCAACGACCAGCAGCAACAGCAAGCUCAGCAUCAGAACAGCCGAUCAGUCAGUCCAAAUUCGAGGAAGUGCUGGCUGGAGAGCAGCUUCGUCGGCACCCGACCCCUGGAUUCGCCCCAGACCCCCGACAUAGACCGCAGCCCGCCCUCAUCAGCCCAAGCUCAGCAGCAGAAUCCCCAGCAGCUUCCCACGCACAACCCACAUAUGGAUGGCGGUCUAUCGCCGGUGAACGCCGCGGGACAGCCGCCACUUCGCAUGAACGGACUCAGCCGUGUCGGCGGCGGUGGCGCGCCCGAACGCUCGUUGAGCAGCGCUUCGUUAGAAGACGUCCUUGCCUCGCUUUUAGGACUCCCAGCUAACUCUUCGUCCAGCCAAACCAGCUACCGCACCACUAACAGCAGCAGUACCCAACCAGCGCCUACGACGACAGCACAAAACGCAGCUAGUCGGCAACAGUUGGAUGCGCUUUCUGUGUCUGAGCAGCAGCGACUUCGUCGUCGCAGCGAGGGCGACUCCCCCCAGCAAAAGAAGUUGUCCCAAGAUCAACCGCAAUCGAAUUUCGCUACCCAGCAGCAGUCGCAGUCCAUUGGUGCAGAGUCAAGUAGGAGGCAAAAUGACUCUGGGAUACGACGCGUCUCGCUGGACGAAUCUGAAUCCAAGAAUCAGCAUACGUACACAGCAGGAGGCAGCAAUCAGGUCAGCUGGGAGCUGGGAUCAGCGCUGGGACCGGGCUCCGGGUCCAGACUACAGAUCCGCUGCCGGAACACAAAAUGCGAGCAGAGCGCCUCACCCAGCGACGCCAAGAAGUUAUUCAAGUCGUGCCACAAUUGUUCCCAUCUAUAUUGUUCACGCGAGUGUAGGCGAGCCCAUUGGGAGAAGCAUCGCAAGGCAUGCCUGCACUCGCGCGCCUCCAACCUGUGCCGCCAGGUGUUAGCCACCUGCAAGGACGAUCUGGACUCUCAACGCCAUCUCAGCCUGUUGGCGCGAAAAGGCAGUCUCUCUCAAGGAAGGGGUGUGGUGCGAGUGCUUUUUCGCAGUGCCGAGGCUGCGGAAGGGUUUAUUAAGAACGGGUUUCAGUGCAUGGGCGAAGCCUCCUACGUGCGCUGGCCCGACCUGAUGCCAGCUGAAAUGGGCCUGGAACUGUACUCGGAACUGCUUAAACUCAGCACAGAGUAUAAGCCGGAGUCUAAGAUGCUGAUCUAUGUAGCCAUAUGCGUAGUCUCUGAAGCGCCAGGCAUGGGACAGGCACCAGUGCGAUGGGAGCGUCAGCUGGUAAGCCGCUGCGCCAAACUGAAGCUCUGCAAGGCGGUACUGGCCGCGCUGGAGCAACAGGAUCAGGCACAGCGGCAAACGCAGUCAGUGCCUGCUGUGGCCGUUCCUGAAUGUACCGAGAUCCUCAUCCUCACAUUUAACCCCGGCCAGCGCUCUCUGCACGGAAACCGGGAACUGAUUCUCUGCAACAUCCUGGAUAUCUUAUCACGGCGAGGGGUCUUGCUUCGCAAGCACUAUCCCGAGAUCUUUCAGCGCCUUCAGACCUACACCGAGGGCCAGAGCGAUAAGUUUAACCCUGUGACGCUUCAUCCUCGGGAUUCACAAUCAGGCCAGAGCUUCGUCUGUAUCAUCAUGCCAGUGCACACAGAUAGCGAGUUUAUUAAGCUGCCUUCGGCGGCAGAUGGCGGCAAUCGAGUGACCACUAUCGACGUGGGCUCUCCCGCCGCCUUGGCCCAGAUGGACGACGAUGAGCUGCUCCUGCGCACUACUACACCAAGUUGAUUAAAGGCAAAUGACAACUUAUGCGGUGGCGGUCGACACAGAAGCAGCCGCUGCAGUAGUGCCUCGCCGCCCCACAUUCUGGACUAUAGUGAUGCGUUGGGAUGUGGCAUUGAGAGCACUCGUAUGUGAUGCGAUGCGUCUUCUUAUUUGACUAUGUAACAUAACACAUAUUUAUCAUCGGUAUCUGAAGACGCUUAUACACAAUAUUAAAUUAUAGCCCUUAAUUGUUUGUAUGUUUA